AUGGUUCGUCGCCCUGUAACGGGCUAUCUGUUCCGACUACUUCUCUGCAAAUUGGGACCACGUGCAAUUCGCCACCUUGUUUGGCGGAGAUGUCUUAUCUCGGUGACUCGAUAUGAAUCUGAAGAGCUCGGGUUUGUUGUCAUUCAUCCACUUACUUGCUUGAACCGAGGCUUGAUUCAUGGUCAGGUUGUCUGUAUUACCGUCACCUUUCAAACAGGGCAGGGCUCGAACCAAAGUUCGCGGUUUUUCCGUCUUCUCAUGUCAUGCGCUGUUCAAGAGAAUUCUGUACAUAUGGAGAAAAUGGAUAUGUUCAACAUGUUUGGUCGAAUUCCAGCUGCCAACUUUGUCGUUGAUAGUAUAGUCCCGUACAGCUCGCUACCUAAAAUAUGCCAAACUCUUACGUCUACUGACAGCGUCAAACUGGCUCCCAUCAAACAAUACAUAGAGGAUGAAUAUGAGGAAAAGGAGACGAUUGAUUUAGAAGCAGAAAUGGAAAAACUAUUGAAAACUCCUCGAAUAGUGUACAAUGACGAUGUGAUAUCCAUACACGUUCGGAAUAUAUUCACGCAAGAAGUGUCUCGGCAUUACUUCAAGGUAUUCUGUGUCGAAUCGUCUUGUGUAGUGGACACGACGACAUCAGUCUAUGAGAUCGCAAAUGUGAACUCAUAUCUACCAUAUGCGGGACGUGCAGAACUGUUGGAGGUUCCAGAACCUAUGGUAGCGUUGGUGGAUCAGAUGCGAAGCAUUUGCCUUGCUUACGAAGCUGUGCGAGAUAAGCCGUUGGUGAUGCUUUUAAGUGGCGCCCAUGGAAGUGGCAAACGACUUCUCGCCACUCGCUUGGCAAUGGAGACACAUAGGAAUAUCAUAGAGGAGUGUAGCUACGAGAUUUGGAGCGAAGACUUCACUGAGAUGGAGACUAAUGUCAAGAAGGCUUUUGAAAAAGAUUGGUGCAUAACAAUGAAUUACGAGCGAUUCUCUUCAACGACCCAAAAAAAGUCACAACAACUCGGAAGGAGUGCUCGGGAAAACUCAGAAACAUGA